AUGGGCUCCUCAUCGAUUUUGGGAUAUUCCACUGCCCCAUUUGCGGAGUCAACCACCACCACGAAGAUGAGAAUCUCUAAACAAGAAGCCCAACCAUCAUUAACAACUGGUCCCGGGCUUCCUACCCCGCCAAAUAGCCCAUUGUACAGGACGCAUGAAGCCGGCCGAAAGUCAGAAGAACCCAAGUUUAGCCCAGAGCCCGGAAGUCUCAGAAGCCAGUUGAAUUUUGAUCCCUGGAUAUGCGGAUCUCGAACGAAAACAACAAAAGAACCAUGCACUCUGCGGACAAAAGCCGAAAGGCGAGUCGAUGCCCUUAUCAAAUUGGAGUCAUUACAGCUCCUUACACAGUCUUCAUACAGCCUUGAGACAGAGCUGCGUCAUCUAGCAAAAAUGGUGCACUGUCGUCACCACAACCAUGACCCGUAUCUACAUGAACGAGUUGAGAAGUGGAAGGCAGUAUUUCCGUUGGGAGACAACAAGAUCAACCCCGAUGCCUCAAUCAGAAUGGCCGUUAAGGAACUUUUUAGCAAAUUAUCUGAUUGUUGCGCAGGGGUAAAACUGGACAACAAGCCCUGCUUCAGAAGAAUAGGGGGCAGGAAAGUCCAAAAUCGUUCUAAAACAAUCGAAGAGAUCGUUAAACCGGAGAUAUAUGGGAACAUUUGCAAGCUUGAAUAUUUUUUGGAAGUCCUUGCAGAAAACAUGUACUGCCAUCUUCACAAGAAUCAAGGUCCCAAGCAGGUGGAGGUUUGGAAGUUGGCGACUACGAAAUUUUGCAAUGAGAAAGGCUCGGGGCUGUCAUUGAUGACCGACGAUAAAGACGGCAAAAAUCAAGACUUGGCCAAGGCUGACCUAGAUUUUUCAACAGUGGCGUAUCACAGUGCUGUUGAUUCGGAUUUGUCCGAAUUUAACACGCCAAUACCUUGGAACUUAAGAUAUCCAUCUCCUGCUGAGUUCUGGCCAGAGACAUACGAUACGACUCCUUUCAAUAUUCUAACCAGGGCCAAUCACCUUGAAGAUCAAGAACUGUUAUUCCUUGGUGUCCAGAAACAAUUACAAGCUCCCUUAAGAAAGGAAGACCGGGGUGAAGGCUUCCUAUACGCAUAUGAGGUUGAAGGGAACAAGGGGUUCGUUAAGAUUGGAUACACCACUCGCUCAAUCAAUGAGCGCCAUGACGAAUGGUCAUUUCAUUGCAACAGACUUACCAAGCCUAUUUACCCUCCCAUCUUUAACGUAAAUACCGUUGUCCCAAAUGCGGCUCGUGUGGAGAAACUAUGCCAUGCAGAGUUGAAGCACCGGAAUACGCGAAUAUACUGUAGUGGCUGCCUUAAGCUGCACAUCGAAUGGUUUGAGGCGUCUCCUUCCGAGGCAAUCGCUGUCAUUGAGAAAUGGUCAAAAUGGAUGCGAUCCCAUCCAUAUCAGCCAAACCCGAUUGAUUCCUCAAACACAUGGACACUUCGACCGGAGGAAGAACAGAAAUCAAAGGACAUUGGCCGUUUCAUGAAGGGCAUAGCACAGUAA